CCCGCCCCUCCAUCUAUCACAUGGCCGGAGAGCCACAAAAACAACAGCUUUGGCCAAGACCCUGACUUAAGGGACUGGAGCCCGGGGCUCCGGCCGCCAGCCCCCACCCAUGGAGGAGAGUAUUCUCGAAUCCUUUGGGAGGCUCAGCCUCCAGCAGAAGCGGCAGCAGCAGCCUCGGCCGCCGGCCCCGCCGCCCCCGCGCGGGACACCUCGGCGCCGCCACAGCUUCAGGAAGCGCCUCUACCUCCUGCGAGGCCUCCCGGGCUCGGGGAAAACUACCCUGGCCAGACAAUUGCAACAGGACUUUCCCAGAGCCCUGAUUUUCAGCACGGAUGAUUUUUUCUUCAGGGAAGAUGGUGCCUACGAAUUCAAUCCUGACUUCCUGGAGGAAGCUCAUGAAUGGAACCAGAGAAGAGCAAGAAAAGCAAUGAGGAAUGGCAUAUCCCCCAUUAUUAUUGAUAAUACCAACCUCCACGCCUGGGAAAUGAAGCCCUAUGCAGUCAUGGCACUUGAAAAUAACUAUGAAGUUAUAUUCCGAGAACCUGACACUCGCUGGAAAUUCAACGUUCAAGAGUUAGCAAGAAGAAACAUUCAUGGAGUUCCCAGAGAAAAAAUACACCGAAUGAAAGAACGGUAUGAACACGAUGUUACCUUUCACAGUGUGCUUCAUGCAGAAAAACCAAGCAGAAUGAACAGAAACCAGGACAGGAAUAAUGCAUCACCUUCCAACGGUGCAGGAUACUGGAAUACCUACACAGAAUUUCCAAACCGGAGGGCUCAUGGUGGCUUCACAAAUGAGAGCUCCUUUAACAGAAGGGGUGGUUGUCACCAUGGAUAUUAGAGGCCUACCUUACAGGCACCGAAAAUUUUCCUAAAGAAGUUUUUACUUCAAUUUUUAGUAUUUAUUCUUUGUUCAGUUUUAGUCAGAGCUCUAAUUACAGUGUAAAAAAUCAAAUCUGAAAGUUUUUGAGAAGUCAUUAUAUUCAUCUUCAACCAGCAUUUGUUCAGGUGACCCUAUAUGCAUGGUCUGAUGCUGAAAAUUCUGCAGGUUUGAUAAAACAAAGUCAGUUUCCCUAGGAAUUUGAAACUGAAACCUAAGAACAUAAUCAGUCCAUAAAUAAUGACACCAAUGUAUUUAUGAUAUAUACAAGCUUUAGUACCCCUUACUCUGAAGUAAUCUAUUUUUUCAGGAAAUUCAUCUCUGUCAGGAAAAUUGGAAAGAUGGGGGAAGAGAAGUGGAGACAGGAAAAUUUUUAGUGCCAUUGCUACUUUGAUAAUCUAGGAAUCCAAAAAUGUGAGAUGUGUGGCUGUAAUGAUACUAAUUUCCUAUUAAAAUGAAUAUACUAGAAAGUAUGCAUCUAAGGAAUACUGCCCUUGAACGUAUUCAUUUUGGGAAAUUAGUCCUUUAUUCUAGUGAUUUAUCAUUGUUAAAAAUGUCAAGUUCUGUUGCACAAUUGAGGAAAAUUAGUGUCAUUAUUUAAGUCACAUCUUGUGUUUUAACCACUUUUUUGAACAGGAUUAAACCUGAAUCAUUGGCUGUUGUGCUAAUAGUGUAAAUAAAACAAGCCUACAUUUACAAAACAACAGUUUUUAAGAGGAUCAAGCAAUUUUAAAAGUUAUGUGUGCCUAUAAACAUGUGUGUAAUCAGUUGGCAGCGUAAAUGUUUGGGAGUACAAACAAGCAUCCCAGGAUAUAGGUGAUAUAUAAAUAUGUGAAAGUCAUGCCCUUUAUAAAAUGAGCUCUUGGUGUCUUAUGUGGCAUUAAGACAAAAUUCUACCACAACUCUGCAAUGUCCCUUUCAUGUCAAUAUGGAACUUAUGAAUUCAAAUUAAAUCUCCACAGGUUAUAAUCAGAUUUGCUAUGAGACCAUAAUAGAUAAGACCAUGUAGGAUGUAUGCUUUGUUUUUUGUUGGCCAACAGCUUCUUUCUAAUGUUCUGUGAAGUAUUAUUUUAAGUGUACUAAAUGGUGCUUUUAUUGUUAUUAAAAAUUAUAUAUGGUAUUGGUUUAUGGAUUUGUCAUUCAAUCUAAGCGUUGUGGUGGUGUUGAAAACAAAGUAUUUAAUUACCUAGGUCCUACAGAAUUCUACCAUAAGAACUGGUUUCCCUAUAUCAUAAUCUUAUUUACUAGUCUUCUUUAAUAAAUAUUACUUGAUUAUGUACAUUGAUCAGUGUAUACUAGAAAGACUAUAUUACUUUAAUAUUCCAUUAUUUGAGACUAUUGAAAUCUACUCAACAUCCUCAUGACU